AUGAAAUACUUCUACUUGCUAACAGCAAUUAAAGAUCAACAACAACAAUCAACUCAAUUACAACAAGCUACGUCUGGCGCUUCUUUAGCAAGUGGUUUAAUGCAGGUUUUCGUUGACCAACCUGAUCGCCCAACGGAUGAUGAUGGUGACAAUGAUUAUUACGCAAACGCGCUCAAUAUUACAGAUUUCGAAUAUCGAUACCAAUCAGAGGAACCUGUAUACACAACAGAUCCUGUUCAAUAUGAUUUCUCCUCAACAUCAACAAUAAUAACUUCAAAUUUACAAGCUCGCGCACGCAUGAAUAAAAUGCACGUCAAACAAGACUUUUUUGAGUCAAUCCAAACAUGUGUUACAUCAUCGUUGGACAUUUUAUACGAUAUUAUGCACCGUGACAAAGUUAAUGAUCGUGACUGUUCAAUACUUACAACAAAUAUGGACACACGAAGUAUAGAAGACUCACUUGUACAAUCCUCAGUUGAGAUCCCAGUGAAGGCUGUUGUCAACAAUCCAUAUUUAUUUGACGAUAAAAAUGACGAGUUUUACAAUGAACCUCAAUUAUUCAGAUCUAAUCCUAAUACAAUCAGCGAAGCCACUCUUGGUGCAAGUACACAUGAUGUCUUUGCUCGGUUAUUGGAAUGGUUGAUGAUUACAUUAUCUGAUGAAAAUAUAGUUCGAGUAACGCAUGCUGACGAUAAAUUACAACAUUUUGGAUAA